CAGAUUUAACACGGAUCAGUAUUAAAGCCCCACGUGUCUGAGUCUCAGGGUCACUCCAGUUCUCCUCACUAGCCUGCGUUUCUGUGUUAUUGACCUGAUGCUGAAGGAGAGCCGCAGUGAUCUGCUGAACAUGUUCUCUGUGCCUCUGUAACCCUGUGACUGAGGUGUUGUUGGCUGAGAUGUCCUGUCUGAAGAAAACAGAGCUGGAGCAUUUCGAUGGACUUUCCCUCAUCUACUGAGGGGCUGGAGCAUGUUGGAGAGGAGCUUUACCCUGCACACAGGACACACACUAAUUCAUUCGAGAUGCCCACGUUUUCCGUCAUGUUUAAAGGAGCUGUCAUCAUAAGCAGGACGCUGAUGGGGCCAUAUGGAGUAGAUCGAGCAGUGCAUUUGAUGCAGUUUUCAGACUGUGAGAAUGGAUUAGGUAUCAAAGUCAUUGGUGGUGUGAAGGAAGUAACAGGAGAGGAGUUUGGAGUUUAUGUGAAGAGGAUCUUACCAGGUGGCCUUGCGUCUAUUGAUGGACACCUACAGCCUGGAGACCAGAUCUUGGAGGUGAAUGGAGAAAGUUUGAUUGGUGUAACGAGUGAGAGAGCGGUGGAUAUUCUCAGAGCUGCUUCAUCCACAAACCACAUGCGUCUUCUGAUAGCACGAGAUGAGGAAGCUCGGAAAGAAUUUGCUGAGCUGAUGGAGAAAUACGGCUCUAACGGCAGUACUGGCUCCACGAGGAACUCCCCCAUUCAGCACACAGGCAAAUAUUUGGACAGCACAUCAUCAGGGUCCUCGUCCAGAUCCCAGAGUCCUCUGCUGCUCAGUCCAGCUGGGACUCAGAAUGCGUUCAAUAACACAGGACAGCUACUGCGCUCGCUCAGUCACCCAGGUGAAGGUGUGAUCCAGCUGAUCUCAGUGGUUCGCUCCAGCACUCUGGGUCUCUCAGUCAGCGGAGGCUCUAACAGACCAGACGGCCCAGCCGUGUUCAUACAGGAAGUGAUGUCGGGAGGAGACUGCCAUCGGGAUGGACGACUCAGAGCAGGAGAUCAGCUCAUCGCCAUUAACAAGGAGUCGCUGAUCGGAGUCACACACGAGGAGGCCAAAAGCACCAUCAACCGAGUGAAACUCAGCCAUGAGCCGAUGGUGGAAAUCGCCUUCAUUCCAGGGAAAGGUCAUUUUCCCUGCAGCACGUCGUUACACAGCGGAGUUCAGAGAGCCAGAGCGAACGGAUACGGCAGGUUAAAAGUGCACGUCACCUCUGCUGAGGUUCGAUCAGAAGACACAGCACCAUCCUCUUCUCCUGACAUCAGUCCCGCAGACAUUCACGCCUCAGCAGCCUUGCACACACAGAGCAAUGGUGCCGCGUCCAAACCGAAAGUCUCGCUGGACCCCCACAUACGACUGCGAUCAGAGAAACUCGACCUGGCUCUGUCUUAUCUCGGACUGGAUGUCACAGAGGAGAAGAGGAGGAAAAUCAGAGAGAGUUUGUCCACAGAUCCUCAAGGGACAGUGUCUUACGGAGAGUUUGUGGAGGCCACACGUAAUGUGUACCACGAUAAGCUGGAGGAGGCGGGGCUUGCACAGGGACCCUUCAUGUUCUCCUAUCACGAGGCGGCGAGUUUGAUGGACACGUCAGCCUUCCACUCACCUACGGGUGAAUCAGAGUGCAGCUACAGCAGUGAGGAGAUGGAGCAGUUUCAGUCUGAGGUGAAGCAACUGCAAACACAGAUGAAACAGCUAGAGGGUUUAGUGGAGGACACAGAGGACAGUAAAAAAAUUCUAAAGGAUGAACUUCAGAAAACCACAGAGAAAUCCAGCACCACAGUGGAGGAGAAUGGGAUGUUGAAGAGCAGGCUUCAGGAGGCUGAGGCUGUUCAGAUGCAGACUAACAGUGCUGAACAGGACUACGAGGAGGUCAUCCGGCUUCUGGAGGCUGAAAUCAAAGAUCUGAAGGAGCAACUCACUGAAAAGAAACACACGAGUUUGCAGGUGGCGAACGAAGACAUGAUGGAACUGAACAAGAGGCUUUCCAUUAUCGACAGUCAGCUAAGAAAGUCGGAACUCACCAGGAAACAUCUGGAAAUCUCGAAUAAAAAGCUGCUGGGCUUUGCUCAUAAUGUUCACAAAGUCCUCACCAGUGGCAGUUUAUUUGCGAUGGAGAACAAGUCGCCCCUGGCAACAGACAGUCCGGAAAUCUCAGACUCCACCCACCAGCUUGUAGCUGAGGCCAGAGAGCUCAUGGAGAGGGUGUGCUCACUUUGUGCAGAUGAUCACACGUUACCGCAGAUCACUGAGGGAUCUAUCACUGGUCCAGGGUUCGAGUGUGUGGUUGAAGUGAAUCAUCAGCCUCAAACGUCUCUUGCUGGAGUUCACGUUAAAGAGACUCGAUGUCUCUAAAAGAGCUCAGAGAGACAAACACAAACACCAAAACACAUCAGUGCAAGAGGAGGAUAAACAAUAAUCCACUUAUUAUUAUUAUUCUUUAAACUCAGUUCAGUUCUAAAGUGUGUGUUACAUUUUAUCAGGCAUACAUUUUAUCAAGGGCCUUGUCCCCCCGAAGCACGAUUCAUCAGUGUAUUUGUUCUGAAAAGUGCUAUAAUAUUUAAGACAUGAUACACUCUGAACUGUUACUGUAAGCAGAAGCAUUGGGCAGGUUGAAAGUGUCUUACAGUAACCACUGUUACUGGUUUUGUUGUAAAUAUCCCUGUCACGUGUUACACACUGUCUCACACACACAUACACAGUGUAUUACAGUACAUACACAGUGCAUUAUGAGUAAUACAGUAAUACAAUACUGCAAGAAUAACACUGUCUGAACACAGCAACAACUAUGAUUUGUUAGAACAAAUUCUGAUAAUACUUUACAUUAAAGGUCCCUUAACCAUCAUUAUUUGCUGCAUUAAUUAACAUUAAUACACCAAAAGUAAUGAUAACAAAGUAAGUUAACACAUGAAUUAAUUACUGUUUCUUUAAAUAUUAAUGAAAUACACCCGCUUUGACUGUUUAUUUAGCUCAUGACUCAAAAUAAGUAUAAAUAAAUUAGCAAAAUUUAAUUACAUCUUCUUCAGGCUCCCAAGUGGCACAACAGAAAAGUGUUCACCAUUUCUCUUUCCCCUGUCAAUCACAGUGACACUAGCCGUGUAUGUGGAAGAGGGUAGAUAGCACUUUCCUUUGAAUAUGUUACGCUGCCCUGUGAUGCAGCAUGAGCAGCAGUUUGAAAAGAUGUAGCUAGCUGUAGUUAGCUGGCUUCAACUGUUGAGUAUUUGGUUUAUUAUUUAAAAAACAUCAAUUAAUACAAUUGGUAGUGAGUUGUUAAUGUUAUUAAUGGUGUAUUAAUGCUGAAGUGUGUAGUCUAUUUGUGUUAAAUAAUGUGUUGAAUGUCCAUAAUGUCCAUUAAUGGAACCUUAAUGUAAAGUGUUACCUAAAUUUGUUUUCUAAUAUGGCUGACAUUCCAUCAAGAAAAAAAUAACUACAUAACCUCUAGCAUGUACCAGCGAAUCUGUACAUAUACAACAUGCAUGGUCCAGAUUACCAAAAAUCACCAAAUCAACAGUGUUUCAUAUAUAACACGUUUAAACACCUGAUACCGUGUAACAGUCAUUAUGGUUCACAUGUGCAAUGUACAGUGUGUGUGUGUGUGAUUGUGUUUGGAAUUUAUUAUUUAUUACUGAUUGCACUUGCUUUAAAAAUGCUCAUAUGUAAUCAUGCAAUGUAUCUAUUUGUGUGGCCAAAAUGCAUUUUUGAUGUUUUAUUGUUUUUAUUAAAGGAAGUUUGAGACUGUGAGACGUGUGUGUGUGCUAAAUACAGUGUGUUGAAUGUCUCUUGCACGAGGCAGGAGGAUAGAGAGACUCCUAAAUCCUGAGGAUUUACUGUAUAACAAAUCCCUGCUAUUUAACUGACAGCAAACAUGAAACAGCAAGCUGGAAGAAGUGCACAUUCUUCUUCUCCUCUUUAAAUUUCCUAUGGGAAAAAUCUAUAUAGAAACAAUCAUUAUUCAACAGCACAACUAUUUUUACGAUUUGCACAGUCAGGCCCAGAAGUUCAAGCGUGUCCGUGAUCAAGUUUUAUUUCAUAAGUAAUGAAAUACUAAUAUACAUCAGUCACAUGACAUUGCUGUGAUAUUUAUUCAAAUCCCAGUGCAAAUUAAAUGGUCAACUUUUCAAAGAUUCAAAUUUUUUUACUACAGUACAGACAUUUUUCCAUUUAAAAUAGAGACUUGCUUAGUGUUGUAUAAAAUCUCUUUUGAGAUGUCAUUUAAUAGGCUACACUGCUUGAUAAGCUAAUUAUGCUCAUUCAGGCUCAGAACAUAUGUAUUAAGCUAGCUAAUGUUAGCAAUCAACAAAAUUGUGAUAGUUAUGGUAUAUUUUGAAGCUUUUUUUCCAGGCGAACAUUUUACAUGUUGAAUGAAAUGUAUGGUGUAUAAGUGAACAAGAGAUUUAGACUGCAAGGUAGUAUGAGGGUUUCUCACACACUUAAACAGGGUUUAUCUGUCUCACUGUUAAGGAAUGCAUUUUUACAGUAAUUAAGAUAAACUAAAGAAAACAAUGUUUAAUGGGGAAAAAACUUCAAGACGUUUGGAUCCAAUUCUACCUUGCAGUAGGAAACACUUUUAACUUAGUCAAUAUUGGAGCUAUUUUCCUCAGGUUAAAAGUUUUUACAAAAUGUACUGUAGGUAAAUUUGUAAACCAUAUUUUAUG